CAAUGUCGACCACCAAAACACAGCUGCCGCGCCGCGCGCCACUCUCCACCUGGAACCGAACAGAACCGAGCAAAUGAAACCGAAAUCAAGUCGCCCUGCUGCUGCGUGUGCGAUCCAGAGCAUUUAGAGGGGGAUAUGGCUGCGCAAGAACCCUCCCCCCCGUCCUCCAUGGAGAACAACAAGCCAGGUUUCCCAAAGAAGAUUCUGGCCAACAAACUUGAAGACAAACAUUUAUGCAACUGCUGUCAGAACAUUUUGAGAAGACCGUUCCAAGCUCAGUGCGGCCAUCGCUUCUGUUCUUAUUGCUUCAACCGGACUGUUGGAUCUGGACCACAGAAAUGUAAUGCUUGUAUCAAAGAGGACAUCUUUGAAGAGCCCACAUCGAUUCUCAAACAAGGCUGCGCGUUUCCUGAUAAUGCUGCCAGGAGAGAAGUUGAAAAUCUUCCUGCUGUGUGCAUCAAUGAAGGUUGCUCCUGGAAAGGCAGCAUAAAAGAUUAUGAGUUGAACCACGAGGGCAAAUGUGAGUUCAUGAUUCUGCCGUGUCCCUUGUGCAAAGAGCUCAUCAGACUUAAUGAACAGGAGCGUCAUAACGAGCGUGAAUGCCCCGAGAGGACGCUCAACUGUAAAUACUGUAAAGAGCCAUUUCACUUCAAAAACAUCAAGGCACAUGAUGAAAUCUGUCCCAAAUACCCCAUGAUUUGUGAAGGAUGUGCGAAGAAGAAAAUCCCCAGGGAGAAGUAUGUUGACCACAUCAAGUUCUGCAGCAAAUUCAGAACUCCAUGCCGAUAUCAUGUGGUUGGCUGUGACAUGUUAGUUGAGAAGGAGAAGAUCCAUGACCACGAGUGUGCAUGUGCUCACGAACAUCUCAACAUGCUGUUGCACUACAUCAUGAGCAUGAAGGUCAGUCUGGAAGGUCUGCAGCCCCAAACUCUAGAGCUGGCCGGUAACAAAGCACAUGAGCUUCACCAGGCGCUUCGAGACCUGGAAGCCCGAGUCAGUCAGCUGAGCGUCAUCCCUGGCCCGACCGGGCCUCCCGUGCAGGGGGUCCCCUCCUCUUCAUCCUCGUCCUCCUCUGCGUCCGCCGCGGUGCUGCCACCUCCUCCACCGACUGCUGCCACGCUGCCCACCUCUUUCACACCUCUGCCCAGCUCGGUGGGCGCGGCGCUGGAGCUCCAGCUCCAUAGCGAGAAGACCAAAGUGGCGGAGCUGGGCCGGCGCUGCCAAGAGCUGGAGGUGAAGGCCGGGACGUUUGAAAACGUGGUGUGCGUGCUGAAUCGUGAAGUGGAACGCUUCGCAACCACCAUGGAAGCCAGUAACCGCCAACACAGACUCGAUCAGGAUAAAAUCGAGGCGCUCAGUAACAAGGUGCGUCAGCUGGAACGGCAGGUUGGUGUUAAAGACCUGACUGUUACUGAAAUGGAGGGUAGAUUACGAGAGAUGUUCGCCACAACCUAUGAUGGUGUGUUUAUCUGGCGAAUAUCAGAUUAUACAAAAAAGAGGCAAGAUGCCAUCGCUGGACGAGCGCCUGCCAUGUUCUCACCUGCAUUUUACACAAGCAAGUAUGGCUAUAAGAUGUGUCUACGUAUUUACCUGAAUGGGGAUGGGACGGGUCGUGGGAGUCAUCUCUCGCUGUUCUUUGUGGUGAUGAGGGGAAUGAGUGAUGCUCUGCUCAAAUGGCCCUUCAACCAGAAGGUAACUCUAAUGCUGCUGGACCAGAGUAACAGAGAGCACAUCAUCGAUGCGUUCCGUCCUGACAUCACUUCCUCCUCAUUCCAGAGGCCAGUCAGCGACAUGAACAUCGCGAGCGGCUGCCCGCUCUUCUGCCCGCUGUCCAAGCUGGAGGGCAAGAACUCAUAUGUCCGCGAUGACACCAUCUUCAUCAAAGCUAUCGUGGAUCUCACUGGCCUUUAGUUUCUGUUCGGUUGGUUCUUGCGUUUGCAUACUGCCUCCCUGAUGCGGGAUCCCAUUUCCAUGCUGCUUUACGCCAGUGGAAGAUUUAUUCCAUAAUGUCUGUUUUGACAUGCUUCCCUGCAUGUGUUAAGCUGCCACAAAAUGUUGCAUACUUGCUGUAUGUGUAUGAAGAAUAUAAAUGGUACAGCUGCAUUGUCCCAAAAGGGGACAGUAGAGGUUUACGAAGCAAAAGGGUCACGGAAACACUGGAAUGAACGUGAAGUCCGGUCCAGUUACAAAGGCUAUGCACGGAAUAGCAUA